GCACCUCGCUGAACAGUCACCUCGCGCGUUGUCUCGCAGAGGACCCCACACAGUCCACUAUGGCGGCGCCCGAUGGAACUUUAAACUGUGAGGACUUCUCAAUGUUUCAGGAGGUGCUGAAGGUGAUGCGCACCAUAGAUGACCGCAUCGUCCAUUCCCUGAACACCACCGUGCCCACAGUCUCCUUCUCGGGCAAAGUGGAUGCCACGCUAACAUGCAAACAACUCUACGAGUCCAUGAUGGAGGCCCAUCUGAGCAGAGACCAAGCUAUUAAGGCCUGUAUAGCCCAAACAUCCAAGGUGGUGGGACAACUGCGCGGUGAAAGGGCGAAAGACAGCGAAAACCUGGUAACCAUCAAACAACUCAGAAAGGAGCAGACCAAGUUAAAGCUGAUGCAAUCAGAGCUGAGUGUUGAAGAAGUUGUCAAUGAUAGAAGUCUGAAGAUUUUCCAUGAAAGGUGCCGAAUCCACUACACGCCUCCGCAGGUGAAGUGAAGCUUUUCUCUGAGAUCAGUUGCUUUCACUCGGAGGUUCAAACCCAGACCGGAGCCGGAGCCGAACCCGCGACCUGCCCGCUGAGUCCCGACGGCGGGCAGCUCACCAUCCAGGGCCUCACUGACCCUCUUUUCCGACACACUUACAGUAUAUUCCUUUGGUUAUUAUAUUGCAUUACCACCGCUGUAAAACAGUCAUUUCUACGCCUCAUUGUACAAAAAUGACUUUUUUUUUAAACGAGAGUGAAAUGUU